AUGGCCGCGGCGGCGAAUCCUAGGGUCACGGGCGCGGCUCCCGCGCCCCUGCUGCUCCCUCCACGCCUCCUCCGUUGCGCGGCCGGAGGGAACCGGGGCCGGCGUGGGACGUUGCUCGCCGCCGCCCUCCGAGGCGUGCGGUCGGGAACUGGGCCACCGACAGGGCCACAGCGCGGAGCAGCGCUGUUGGCGGGAGUGCCCUGGGCGACCGCGGCACGGAGACGGCGCCGUCCGGCCACCAGUUUGGCCGGCGAAGGAGCUCUGCCCGCGCCGGCGCUCGCCCUGACGCCUUCCGCGCGGCGGCCUCUUCUUCCACUCCGCCAUAGAUUCUUGUGUUGUACCAAUGCGGCAGCCUCGAGCGGCGGCGAGCCCUCGCCUUCGACUAAUGGCGGCAAUAACCUGUUGGCCCCACUCGUCGAGCUGUGGCAACGGACGGUGCAACCGCUAGGGGAUUAUGGAUUCGGGAAGCGCAGCGUGUGGGAAGGCGGUGUGGGACUCUUCAUGGUCUCCGGGGCGGUCCUGCUGGCGCUCGCGCUUGCGUGGCUCCGGGGUUUCCAGCUGCGGUCGCGGUUCCGCAAGUAUAAUGCCGUGUUCGAGUUCAGCCAGGCGUGCGGGAUUUGCGUGGGCACGCCCCUCAGGAUACGCGGGGUCACCGUUGGGAACGUCGUCCGUGUCGACUCUUCGCUCAAGAGUAUUGAUGCAUAUGUUGAGGUUGAAGAUGAUAAAAUUAUUGUGCCCCGUAAUUCAUUGGUUGAGGUGAAUCAAUCUGGUCUCUUAAUGGAGACAAUGAUUGACAUUACACCAAAAGAUCCACUCCCUACACCUUCAGUUGGUCCACUUGACGCAGACUGUUCCAAAGAAGGCUUAAUCCUUUGUGACAAAGAGAGAAUGAAAGGACAUCAAGGAGUAAGCUUAGAUGCACUGGUUGGUAUAUUUACCCGUUUAGGAAGAGACAUGGAGGAAAUUGGUGUUCAAAAAAGCUUCAAGUUGGCAGAAAAGGUUGCAUCUAUAAUGGAAGAAGCACAACCUCUCCUUUCACGGAUUGAAGCAUUAGCUGAAGAAGUUCAACCUUUGCUCUCGGAGGUGCGUGAGAGUGAUCUGGUGAAGGAUGUGGAAACCAUAGCUAAAGGUCUGGCUGAGGCAUCCGGCGAUUUAAGAAGGUUGAAGUCUUCCAUGCUUACCCCUGAGAACAGUGAUCUAAUCAAGCAGUCUAUUUUCACCCUUAUAUUUACUUUGAAGAACAUUGAGAGCAUCAGCUCAGACAUCUCUGGUUUCACUGGCGAUGAGGCGACACGACAGAACAUCAAGCUGCUGAUUAAGUCACUUAGCAGACUAUUGUGA